AAAGAUGGCGCCAUGUAAGGAGGCUGCAGCAGGCAAGAGCUCCGAUUUAAAGGAACAUUUCCUUUUUGAGCGCUUUAUUAAUUUAAAUGCAUAUGCCUUAAGUAAAGGACUAUGUCUCCACGAACUAAGAAAUUUAUGUCAUUCAAAGAAAAGCUCCUUUUCAAUGAAAAAUAUUUGUUUAUGUAGCUAUGUUAAGAUAGCUAAUGAUUUUAAGUUUUUAGUUAUUGUUUUAACUCUUUUAAUUUCGUUACUUUACUUUAAAUUACCAUUUAUAGAUGGUAUGAUGAAAACUGCGUUCGGUAUUAAAUGUAUUUUACCGAAUAAUUAUAUAGUCUGGGAAGCAACCAGACCUAUAGCUGAUUGUAGUAUUUGCUAUAAUCUCAAUAGUGCUGUAAUACUCCCUAAUAUAACUAGGGAAGAAUUUUCUAGAUAUGCCUAUUCUUAUAAGCCUAUUAUAAUUAAAGGAGCUGCAAAACAUUGGUCUGCUGUUAGAACCUUUGAUUAUCAUUUUUUCAAAGAUCUGUUUCUAAACACUGCUGGUGCAUUUGAAAGUGUUGAAGAAGAGUGUCAAUUUUUAAACUUCAAGUCCGAUUUCAAGAAUUUAGAAGAUGUAUUUAAUAUGCCAUUGAAAAGGAUUUACAAUGAAAAAGGAACGAAACCGUGGUAUAUUGGAUGGAGCAACUGCAAUAGAGAAAUGCUGAAGAAAAUGCGGCGACACUAUACAAAACCACAUUUUCUUCCUGUUGAUGCGGAACAUUCUCAUGUUGAUUUUAUUUUCAUGGGUUUCGAGGAAGGAGCCUUUAUGCAUCUCGACUACAUUAGUCGUUUGAUGUGGCAGGCACAGUUAAGAGGUCAUAAAACUUGGCAUCUGCAUCCGCCUCCAGAAUGUGAAAAUGUUUGCACUCCCAUUUCCUUCACUGUCAAUCCUGGAGACAUUCUUCUGUUGGAUACACGCCAGUGGUAUCACAAAACAUAUGUAUCUCCUGGUGAAUUCUCUCUGACUGUUAGUUCAGAAUAUGGAUAAUCUAAGCAAGCUCUCAAGACUCUGAAGUGUAUUGAAGUUCCUUUGUAGAAUAUUUUUCCACCAUCUGUAUUACCUAUUUUUAAAUUAAUGUCUAAUAGCGUCCAUUUUAUUGUUAUUUUAUUUUAUCAUUUUUCUUCUUUUUAAAAAUCAUUGUUAAUUUUAGAAUGAAU